AUGGAAAGAAGUAAUUCAAGCAGAAUUGAAUCAAUUCAAGCAGAAUUGAAUUCACUUGCUAAACGCAAAGUAUUUGGACCUAUACUCCAAACACCUGAAGGUGUGAAACCCGUUGGAUACAAAUGGUCAACUUAUACUGAAAAGAUUUUGAGACGAUUUUAUAUGGAUAACUCACACCCAUUGAGUAGCCCAAUGGUAGUUAGGUCACUUGAUGUAGAAAAAGAUCCUUUUCGACCUAGAGAAGAACAUGAAGAGCUCCUUGGUCCAGAAGUACCAUAUCUUAGUGCAAUAGGAGCAUUGAUGUAUCUUGCUAAUUGUACAAGACCUGAUAUAGCUUUCUCUGUCAAUUUAUUAGCAAGAUUUAGUUCUGCUCCAACAUAUAGACAUUGGAAAGGGAUUAAGCACAUACUCCGCUAUCUCCAGGGUACUAUUGAUAAAGGAUUAUUCUAUUCUAAUAAUUGUGGGUCACAACUUAUUGGCUACGCAGAUGCGGGAUAUUUAUCUGAUCCACAUAAAGCCAGAUCCCAAACUGACUAUUUGUUCACUUGCGGUGACACUGCUAUAUCCUGA